AUGAGCCGACAAAAGAAAAAACCGUACGGUUUCGAUGGCAAGUAUAUGUUUUCUGAAACUGACGCGACUUUCUACAUUUACUCACCAAUGUUGACCAAAUUUUUAGCCUUUAAGUCGUAUUUCGCGUGGGCAUCAGAGCACGACGUUGAUCCGUCUCUGUCAGAGUUUAUUCGUUUAAACGUUGACUUCGUAGCUAGAUCCUCAGAAAAAAAUGACUCUGGAGCUCGCACCAGUUUCGUCCUGACUGCGAGCCUGAGUUUCGUCCUUGCCCUAGUGAUGGUGUUGGAAGCUCCAGUGGUCGAAGACAAACCCAAUUGGUCUUAUGUCACCGAAAAAAUGCAUAAGAUCCAAAUUUCAGAAAGUCGCCGCGAAAAAACUUAUAUUAUGUAUUCAAACGAGAACGAGCAUGUCGGAAAUGAGUUGUUGGAAGACCAGGAAAAAUCAGAACUGGAUACAAGUAACUCUGCUGAUGCAAAAACUACUCGCAUUUCUCGACUUACGAAACGGCUUCUAGACGUCGCAAAAGAGAGCCCUCCAAAACGGUUGGCAAAGCAAGUAGUGAAAGAUGAUUCCAACGAUCCUUUCAUUAUAUCUGGAACACUUGAUGAACUUGUUGUAUCUGGAACAUCCGAUGGGAACGAUUCAGACAAAUCCUAUCACCCCAGUUCGGAUGAGCCAGAUGAUGAUACUUUUGUUGAAAUAAAAAAGAGAAUCAACUAUACUUAUGAUUGGUUUACGGGACCAGGAAUUAAGAAAUCUUCAUUAAGUGAGGGUGCAAAAAAGUGGGUUAUCGACACACUCGAUGUUUCGAGUUUAUUGUUAGAAUAUCGCGAUAUGUCUGUUCAACGAGCUUCUGAGAAUAAGAUUCAAGAGGUUGCUGAAAUACUUUCAUUGAAUCAUAUAUUUUUAUUCGAACAAAAUGUGACGAUUGGGGUUUCUUCAAUGAUCAUUAAACAUUAUUUUCGAUACUAUCAAAAAUGA